AUGAACCAACCCUCCGCCAACGCACCCGGAAUGAAGCGUCUGUUAGGUGUUUUCCGUGGACGGCUUUUUUUGGCCAUUUUAGUAUUAGUGGGGUUUGUGACAAGCGCCGACGGAAACUAUAGCAUACCCGAAGAGCUGAUCCACUGCUAUCGGGGGAAUGGAACGCUACCGGGACCACCGCAUACGCUACCAUUUCUGUUGGAGCUGAUUCGGAAGAUCGAACGCCAUAAUCCCACCACGCUAGAUAUACGAAUGCUUAGCGCUGAACUUAUUCACCGACUCCGCGUAGAUGGCAUUGAGAAGGUUCCGGGCGUGGCCGAAACGCAAUGGGUCACCCCGCACAGUCCGCGCGGUAUAAUGGUGCCCAAGUAUGCACUCCAACGGCAGCUGGUGUCGAACGUACCGGGACGAAUAGAUUUCGAAGCCUUCCUAACACCGUUCGAGAUCUGUAACCUGCACCGGAUGCUGAGCAGUUCCGUUGAACCGUACCAGCGGGAAAACGAACGGCUCACCUGCCCAAUUACGCUGAUGAGCAGCAACGGAAAUGCGCAAGUACCAUGGAUCACACAGAACAAAUCGCAGAAGAGCAAUUCCAAUCAGACGACGUUUGCGCGCCCCUUAUCACGCUGUCCAAUGGAGCGGGGAACCUGUCAUACCGCGGACUAUGGUACGAUUUCGCCAGGUGUGGUCAUCAUGUCGAUUGCUGCCGGUCUUCAGCCACAGACCGUGCUGCUCAGCGAGUUUGUGACGGCUUACAGGAAGAAAAAUCCCUACGAAAAUCUGGAAACCAUGGACAAAGCGGACACGCGCAAGCAGCUGGAGAAAUUGUUUGCAUCGCUCGAAUCGAUCGAUAACAUGUAUGCGGCUGGGUUGGCGGGCGAUUUGGCUGAGGUUUGCCUGUACCAAGGACCGGCCCUCGUGAGGGACGUUGUGGUCGGGCUGGCUGGCACCUGGAACGAUACUUACUUUCCACGCACGCGCUAUCUGAGCGAAAACCACGCGGGACGGUGGGAAAUGACGGACAGUGAAAUAUUGGCCGGUAUCGAUGGGUUUUUCUUGGCGCAACAAACUCCCCAGCUCUAUAAACGAUUGCGCCGUCUGAGACUUUCGCAAGUGCUGGAGAUGUUCUACAGUGAUCGCGGUAUUCCUGUGACCGCCAUCGAAACCAUCUCCCACCGGAGACGCAUCGGGUUUGGCCAUGGACAUGGUAGACCACCCAAGACCGGUUCACUACAAUCCACCGGAAACGGCCAAGAAUCAGUGGAAAGGGCUCAGUUCAGUGCGAAAGCAAUAGGAGGUACACGGUUCCACGCGGUCUUUGACCGUGAAGAGGUUGAAGAAACCCCAACCGAAAAGCAAACGGUGGAUGUGACGCGUGCCUGCCAACGGAAGGACAUUCUCCGUUCGAUCGAAGCGGAUAAGCUGAAGCAGGAAACGUACAAAUUUGUUGAACUGUUGCAAUAUACCACCGGCAGCGUGAUCGUCGAUGAGCGUCUCAUGCAGAACAUCUGCAACGCAACGGUAGACAAGUUUUUCGAGCAAGCCAACCUGCUGCUGGACACGGUUGCCGACUGUCCGGCGAUGUCCGGUUCGGGAACGUUCACCGUAAAACCCAACGUUGAUCUUACGGUUGUGCUGGAUGGGUCUCGUGAUGAGUAUCACAAUCUGCAACUAAUAUCCUAUUUGGUGGAUUUAAUUGAUGUCUCCACAUACGGAUCAUCGCUCUCCGUUGUACACGGUACUACGGGACAAUAUAUGGUGAAUAAGACGAACAGUAUUUCUACGGCAUUCGAGGAACUUCUUCGCUUUCAAGGAUCGUUUCCCCGGCAGCUAUCGCUCUCUAGAAGUUUUGCCUCGAUCGUUACAACGCUUGCCGCACAGAUGGAUGCAGAACGAUCGAACUUUACUGUCGGUUCCAAUGCUCCGGUCGUGCUGGUAUUUGCUCAGUCGCACCGUAUAGCCAAUGCAGACUUUGAAAGUACCCGCCGUAUGUUGCGUGGAUCGUUCGAACAGUUUCCCGAUCUAUACUUUGGCUUUGUCACGAACGAUGCAGCAACAUUCCGACAGCUGACGAACUUUAACGAUACAAUGCACACCCGAUCCUUAGACGAGCAUUAUCACAUUAUGGAAACUUCACAAACAUCGAUCGCAAGUUUUGCUGGCCAACUCGCACCAAUGGUACGAGGUAUACCUCAACGAUUGAUAGCGCCCAACUGCCACACCGCCAGCAAUCGUGACUUUUGGCGUGCGGCAGUGGUGCGCGAAGAGUACGAACAGUAUCUCUCGCCGGGUGUUGAGUUGCGGUACCGCUUGGGACAGCUGUUCCUGCGCAACAGUGAGCACGUACGCGUACAGUUUAUGAACACGGAUUACGGUGAGUUUACCGUGUGUGAAGGUCGCAACCAUCGUGCUGUGCCGGACAACUGCCAAACGACGGGUCCCGGUGCGGAAAGCCUGUGGUUCAAUCACACCCGUCCGUGCGAUGGCAUUAUGGAUCAGGCGUGCCGUUCGCUUUACUAUACCGUACGGUUGGAAAAUUCUAAUGUGCUGUGCAACGAAAACGAUUGUCGCUAUCCGGAUCAGGUACGGUUCGUUAUACGGCACGAAGGCAUUCGCUGUAUGGGAGAUAAUAGCGCUGCGAGAAAGACACAUUAUUUACAUUCCCUUUGGAUGGUUAUUUGCAUUGGAGUGAUCGUUAGGCUACUUUCGUAG